AUUUAUUGGUCGAAAUGUUUGAGCUUUUUACGAAUCAGAAAACCACACUUCAAUCUUUAAAAGGUUUAACUAAUUAGUCAACUUAAAGGCAUUCAAAUAACGCAAUCAACUCAAACUGUGACAGUUAUUUAUCCAAAGGUGAGAUGGCAGCAUCGGGGUUGGACGAUUUGAAUUUUACAAUGAAAGAGAUAACUGGCUCCGGCAGCACAAGUGAUGAGACGUUCACUGCCAGUGUUGUGCCUGAGAGUUCGUCGACUCUUUCCCUAUCAGAGGACAAUAAACUCGUCUGUGUGGAAUAUCCAGGUAUUAUCUCCAAUGUGGACAAGAUGCUGGAAAGUAUUGGGGGUAUACAAGGGAUGUCCAAGACCUAUGCUGACCCCAGCAGACGGUUGGAACUUCGCUUUCGUCCCCAGGACCCGUUCUGUCACCCUGUCUGUGGAAACCGUUACCCCUCCACCAACCUGCUGCUGCGCAUGAAAAGGAGGGUGCGUAAAGGAAACCCCAAGGAAACCCAAAUCAGCAUGGACAUCCUGGGUGUCAUUGGGACAACAUACAAAUUCCAAGGGAUGGCAGACUUCCAGUAUCUCGCGGUGCAUUCAGCAAAGGACGGCUCACACACAUCCCUCUACGAUAAGAUCAUCUUGCGUAAACCAGAGAAUAAUGAGUUCUUUGAGCAGCCUGUGCCCCUCUUCCUUCCUCCACCCAUCUUCUCUCGCCUGGACAGUGCUGUGGACUAUAACUACCGACCUGAAAUCCAACACAAAGAAGGCCAUUGUCCCCCAACAGUCUCCAGGGAUAAUCUGAUUGGUUUGAGUCGAGCCCGUCGGCCUCAUAAUGCCAUCUUCCUCACUUUUAACGACCAGAACAUCCCCACGGAGCCCCUGGAGGCUGCCAAGGUCAACUGGAAGAGAGUGUGUGUUCACCCCAGUGACAUAAAGGCAGAGGAACAACUGAAGGAGAUGUUUGAGAGCCGGCCCAUCUGGUCCGGGUACGCAGUCAAGGCCAACCUGGACCUCCACCCUGAUAAACUGAAGCUGCUGCUCCCUAUCAUGGCCUACUAUAUGGUGACAGGCCCCUGGAGGAGCCUCUGGGUGAGAUUUGGCUACGACCCUUGCAAGACACCAGAGGCCAAGAAAUACCAGGUGCUGGAUUUCAGGAUCCGCUGCAGUACCAAGCACGGAUAUACUAUAAAUGACAUGCCAGUGAAGGCCAAGAGGAGCACUUUCAACUAUACCCUGCCAAUCACACUUAACAAAGCAGUGCCCCAGGCUGCUAAUGUGACAGAUUUACCUCCUGAGGGCCCUGCUGGUGGACGUAGUGCAAAUAUAACCAGAUACCAGCUCAAGGAUUCCUCAUACAUAUUCCGAGAUGGGACCCUGCCCCCCCACAGGCAGAUGUUCUACCAGCUCUGUGAUCUGGAUGUGGAGAGCAUAAGGAACGUGAUCAGUCGGAACGAUGGCCAGGAGGAGGAGUGUGACGAGAGGGAUGGCUGGUGUCUGUCCCACACCUCUGAUGACCUCCGAGAUAUCAUGUCCUCCAUGAUCAAGCAGGUUAUCCGUGCCAAGAGGUCAGCUCCAUACUCUUCUGGGCCUGAGAGUUCUAUUACCAGGCGAAAGACCACCGAAAGUGGAGAGGAUGAUGAAGAGGAGAAUGAGGAAGAUGAGUUUCAUCCCUCAGAGGGGAGUGACAAUGAGAUGCAGACAGAGAUGCUGGAUUAUAUGUGAGGAUGGACACGGUCUAUCCCUGCCCUGAGAAAUGGACUGGAAUUGUACAAACUUGCUUCGUUCUCUAUACAAACAUACAUUUUUGUGUAUUUGCAAAUUAGUGUGAAUAAAUGUGUUUAAGUUGA